GUCUACCCCUGCAGAGGGGCGUUUGAGAGAGACUUCUUCAAGAGCCGAGGGCCACAGGAGGUGAGGGAGGUGUUCCAGAGGGUGGGGGUGGAGAUGCCUGACCAGGUGUUCCAGGAAGCGUGGCAAGAGGCUGAGAGAAGGGACCCACGGGGAGAGGUGAGUAUUGAAUCGUUCCGAGCCGUCCUGGAAAGGUCAGACAACCACCAUCUCACGUCAUCUCCUCCACAUGACCCCAGAGCAACACACAUUGGCCACACUGCGACACACAAACACUGACCUGCUAUUCCUACUGUAGAGUUAGCUACACACAGCCAGGGCUGUAAACAUCCACAUGAGAUUAUAAUGCUUUCUACCACCUUCAUGCAACGUUGUCAUUAACUGCAAACAGAACAUUAGAGCUGUUUUUAUGCGCAAGAAAAAGGUCG